UCACUCCAAAUCACGUCUGCUGGAGAGAUCUAUCGAUUCUGCCGCCAGCCGCAAUUGGGCUUGGCGGGGUGUGCGAAAAUCCCCCGACUGACUCAACGACCACCUUAUCGCACACAACCAGACCCACCACCCCACCUCCAAGGCGGUGCGAGCCACCACUGUUGCCAAGAACCAGGCUAUCGCAGCCGUUGAGCUUCGGAGAAGCCAAGGAGAUCUGGUGGUUCUCGUCCGCACGGCACUCCCUACGCGUAACCUAUCCCGCACUCACUUCCGCCAAACCCCCGCCAAACCACUCCCAACCGCUCGUUCUCCGCUGGGCUGCGCUGGUUCGAGAGAUCCCGCAACCGUCCUCCCAACCUCGAGCCCAUCCCUGAUUCCUCCUCGCCGCACUUCUGCUGAAUUCUAUUCCUUGUUCUAGCCUAGUCUUUCGUACAACCACAGCGAAUCACAGCGACCCAGCAAGUAGACGAAUUUCACUAUCCGUUUUGCUCUCGCGCCUAAUCGUAUCCCUUGACCUCGGACGAUGUCGCAGUAGUUGACGCUCUUGUGGUAAUCGGCGGAAGACCAGAGUAACAAAUUAGCUGACGUGCAUUCGUGCUGUAUAACGCCAGGAAUGACGGUCCAUAGAUUCUUGCAAUGACGAAGGUGUAUCAGGCCUGGAAGGGCAGUAACAACUUCUGCUGCUGGGGCCGCUUCAUAUUCGGUCCGGACGUGCGGUCGCUGCUUGUAUCCAUCUGCCUUAUAUCGAUACCGGGGACGCUCUUCUGCAUCUUCGUCGGCGCGCAGUUCAUUAACAAGAUCAACGGGGGCCUAGCGAUACUAAUAGUCGGAAUAUGCCUUGUAGUUUGGGAUCUGUGCGUUCUUCUCUUCACGUCCAGCCGCGAUCCCGGCAUCGUGCCGCGCAACACUCACCCGCCCGAGCCCGACGGUGACGUGGAGGCGCCGCGGCCGGCGGGGGGAAGGCGGUUGCCGCGGACUAAAGAGGUGGUGAUUAAGGGCAAGACGGUGAAGGUCAAAUACUGCGACACGUGCAUGCUGUACCGUCCCCCGCGGUGCUCGCACUGCAGCAUCUGCAACAACUGCGUUGAGCGAUUCGACCACCACUGUCCGUGGGUGGGCCAGUGCAUAGGCAAGCGCAACUACCGUUUCUUCUUCCUCUUCGUGUGCUCCACCACUGCCCUCUGCAUCUACGUCUUCUCGCUCUCCGCCUACCUCAUCAAGGUGCUGAUGGACAACGCCUACGAGCCGGGCGGCGACACGCGCACGGUGUGGCAGGCGCUGGGGCAGGCGCCCAUGGCGGCGGUGCUGAUGGGGUACACCUUCCUCGCAGUCUGGUUCGUGGGGGGGCUCUCCGCCUUCCACCUCUACCUCAUGAGCACCAACCAGACGACAUACGAGAAUUUCCGGUACCGCUACGACAAGAAGGCCAACCCCAACAGCCGUGGCGUGCUGCGCAACGUGCACGAAGCCCUCUGCUCGCCGCUCCCGCCCUCGCGCAACCACUUCCGCGCGGACAUCCCCGACCCCUGCCCCCCGAACGCCCCCCCGCUCCCCCACGACCCGCAACAGCCCGAGCUGUCUGCUGAUAUCCCCCCUGCGCGCCGCCACAGCAAGGGGUCCAGGCCCGGGUCCAGGGGGUCGUCAGGGGGGCGGUCCCCGGCGCAAAGAGGAAGCAAGUCGCCGGCGCAGCGGGAGUACGACCUCGUGGAGGUGACGCAGCUACGGGCGGACGAGGGCGGCGCCAUGGCCGACCAGAUUGUGGAGGCGGGCGGCGUGAUGCCCGCAGGGGCGGGCGUGGCGCGGUCGGGGUCGCGAGAUAGAGAUGGGUCGGGACGGGAAGCAGGUGGGAGUGGGAGGAAGGGGGGCAAGAAGAAGUCGCACAGGGAAGGAGGAGGAGGGGUGGGGGAGGUGGUGGUGGAGUUGCAGGGGCAGGAGUACGUGCAGCAGAGGUACAGCCCCGUGCCUGACAUGCCAAGGGAUGGGCUUUAAGUGCACUGAUACUGAUACUGUGCACCCACCAUCAUGACAGAUUCAUUUGUGGGGUGGGGGAGGUGGUGGUGGAGGUGCAGGGGCAGGAGUACGCGCAGCAGAGGUACAACCCCGUGCCUGAUGUGCUCUAGAUGUACCGACACGAGGGGCUCUAGAUGUACCAACACGAUGCGGCCACCAUCACAACAGUGUCAUCCACAGGUGAUGCUACGGGCUUCACUGGCUUGACUGCCGGCAGCCUCACAUGCAUGGGCGGCAGCAGGGCUUCUAACAAACACCUUUAACCAUCGCUAUUGACACUCAUUGUUUAACUGCCAUCAACCUGAUGCCCCACUACCGCUGCCCUGGAGAGGGUAAUGACAAACAGCCAUAGAGAAGGGGAGUCUUAUGACUGCGCGUGUGCUGAUUGUGGUGGAUGCACUGCACUGCACUGCUGGUGCCACAACACAACACAACACAACACAAACCAAGGUCGUCCCGGUAGGUCGUAGCAGUGCCGCACUGCUGUUUUGUGCUGGAAGCGACGAGGCGAGAAAUAAGCCGCUGUUUGCAAGCCCCCGUGUUCCGCUCCAUGACCGCUGCCCGCACAAUGUGACCUCUCAAACCCUGGCCUGUCUUUCAGAUCGAAUUGCAGCUCACACGGUUGGCUUCUUUCGCCAGCCAACCUGACACGGCACUUGGAAGAAUCAACAAACCCAAUGCUA